AUAUAACUGCCCCAGUUCUCAUCAGUGUCUCGGCUACGGCUGAACCCCGUUUCCCUCCCACGUUUCCCCGAGCUCGUUCAUGUCCAUCUCACCCAUCGACGGCCAUAGAUCCGACCAAGCCCCUUCCUCUCCUGCUUUCUCUCCAAGCCCUAGCUCUCACCAUGGCCGUCAUCUCCUCCCGAGGCCCCGCCACCACCAGAUCGGUGGCGCUACUCGCCGAGCCACCCACAAAUCGCCGACAGCAUCCUCCUCGGACACUGUAUUGGUCGCGGCUGACUCGGAUUCCCGACCAACGGUAACUUUUCCUGGAGAUGGUAGCCAUUCAUUUGAGACUGUAACCAACAGUUCUACCAUUUCUCAGUCUGACUCAGCUGGUGGAAGGCCACCUUCUCAAUUGCAGCCUGACCUACUUGGCCAUGCUCAGGCUCAUAGCAAUGGGAAAUCUGCUGAACCUGCAAACUCUUUGCAGUAUGAUCGUCUUGCUGCUGGUUCUGGUGGUUCUCAAGGUAAUUCAACACAAUCAGCUGCAAGGCGGAAUCACAGUGUCAACGCCAAUCAUUUGCUGAACUUUUAUUAUGAUCCUAUCUCUCGUCCUCAGCAACCCAGCAGAAGUCCUCCUACUAGAAGGCAAAGAAAGAUCAAACCUUAUAAUAAAGACCUGUUUCUUCAGGCAAAUUUCAAAUUUGUUGUGCUGGACAAUGGCAGUUACCUGAGUGAAACCAUGGAUCCAGAUAAGAUGCUGCAGUGGGAGGAUGUGAUUUGUGUAAGAUACUCCAGUUCAUUUCCGGUGCAGUGUCCAAUUUGCUUGGAAGCUCCUCUAUGUCCUCAGAUAACAUCCUGUGGGCAUAUAUAUUGCUUUCCCUGCAUUCUUAGAUAUCUAUUGAUGGGAGAGGAGGAUCACAAAGGUGAAUGUUGGAAAAAGUGUCCUCUAUGCUUUAUGUCAAUAUCUUGCAAGGAUUUGUAUACCUUGCGUAUAGAAAAUGUCACCCAAUUUCAUGUUGGGGAUCAUGUAGACUUCACACUUUUAACUCGAGCAAAAGAUUCUCUGGUUCCCUCAAUGAAAAAUCAACAAGGAGCAGGCCUCACUUCAGACGAUUGUGAUUACAGUGAUGGCACAUUUUCUAAGUUUAUUUUGACGUCAGAUGUGGAAUUAUCUGUUAUGGAAGCUAAGAUGGAGCUCAGCAAUUGGUUGGAGAAGGCAGAGUCUGGUUUGGUUGAUGACUUGGAAAAGCUUCCAUAUGUUUGUGGAGCAUUGGAGCAACUGGAGGAAAGGGUGAAGAAUUUGAUGGAGCAUCAAAAAUUAAGUGCUAGUCCUCCCAAAAGAAAUCAUUCUUCUGCUGCAGCUCAUGUCAAAGUUGCUCAUUUACCUAAUAAUAGGUCACAGGCCCCUUCUCCUACUUCAAUUAUAAAGGCCAAAAAUGCUAGCUUAGAGGCAUGGGAAUUAGAUGAUGGAACAAGCCAAACAAAUGGAAAACGUGACAUCUCAGAGUCAUCUGAAAAGCAUGGUUUGGAAGACUCAGGGCCACUUUCAGCUGGAUUGGCCACAGAAAAGGAUAGCUACAUUUUCUACCAGGUAAUUGAUGGCCAACAUCUUAUUCUUCAUCCUUUAAACAUGAAGUGUCUUCUUCACCACUAUGGGAGUUAUAGCAUGCUUCCACCAAGAAUCAGUGGAGUCAUUCUUGAAUUGGAGACAGUUUCCCAAUCGGAGGCGAUAAGGAGGCGUUAUCGUUAUUUAAGCCAUUUUUCUUUAACAACAACGUUUCAGCUAUGUGAAAUUGAUCUCAGAGAAAGCUUACCACCUGAGUCAUUAGCUCCAUUUGUGGAGGAGAUAAAGAAGCGGGGAAAGCAACGAAAACGGCUUGCUAGGAAGGAAGAGGUUGAGAAAGCCAAGGCCGAAGCAGCUGCUCUGCGUGCAAUCCCUGUUCCAUCAAAUCGGGGACAUUCGUCCAUUAAUGAUGCCAUUUUCUCAUUAGAUGACUUUGAAGCUUUAGGAAGUGGCAUGCCAUCUACAAUGACCAGGAAGAGUGAACGACAGAAGAAACCUUCUUCGAGGUUCAAUGUAGAGGCGGGGUACCUGGCAGAGCCACCUAAAUCGGCAAAGAAAAAAGGAAUGGCUGGCGAUAAAGUCACUGUGGGAUCUAGAGAGAAAUUGGAAGAUUCAGUCACUACCAUCCGCCGGAGUCUGGACUUUCUUGGUCCACAAUUGGAGGAGGCAGCAGGAGCUUUGCCUUUUGAGGAGACACAAGAUCAGAACACGAGUUAG